CUCCCCCCAAUCCCUCCCAAGAACCUCCUCUCCUACCUUGGAAAGAACGCUGAACCCCACCCAAUGGCCGUCAAAAUCACCACUCGAGACCUAGAGCAAGAGAUCAUCGAUCUCGAAUCUCGCCUCCAACAUGCUCGGAAACGUCUAGCAUUGGCAUCGUCCUCUCCUUCCACACCGCUACUGCCGCCGUACAGCAACCACAACGAUGACGACUCCGACUACGACAUGACUCCCACCAAGGGCAACACAGCAAUAACAACACCCUCAAUCCCGAUUUCGCACGCGCUCCUCCUCCUCUCAGACUCCGCCCUCCCGCUGGGCUCCUUCGCCUACUCCAGCGGCCUGGAAUCCUACUUGGCCCACAACAAACCGUUGCCCCGCACCGUCACCCCCGUGGCCUCCUUCCAUCGCUUCCUGAAGCUCUCGAUCGCCUCGAUGGCCAGCACCUCCAUCCCCUACGUGCUCGCCGCAUACCGGUACCCCGAGGACCUGGAGACGCUGGACAACGACAUGGACGCCUCAACGCCCUGCAUCGUGGCGCAGCGCGCGAGUGUCGCCCAGGGCCGGGCUUUGAUCGGGGUCUGGGAGCGUGCGUUCCGGGCCUCCUACGCCGCGACGACGACGACGACGACGACGACAACGACCCUCACCCCCGCCGCGGCCGCCGCGGUGCAGGCCAUUGCCGAUUUCUCGGACGCGUUGAAGCUGUGCGGCGAUACGGCGAACGAGCUGGGGCCCAAGGGUCAUCUGGCGCCGCUGUGGGGUGUCGUGUGCUCGGCCAUGGGCAUGGAUGCCCGCCAGACGGCGUAUGUGUUCAUGGUGAACCACGCCAAGGCGGUGCUGAGUGCGGCGGUGCGGGCCUCGGUCAUGGGCCCGUACCAGGCGCAGAGCGUGCUGGCCAGCCAGCGUCUGCAGGACAUGAUCACUGAACGCAUCGACAAGGAAUGGGAUACCCCCGUCGAGGACGCCGGACAGAUCGUGCCGCCGUUGGAUCUGUGGGUGGGCAGACACGAGCUGCUGUACAGUCGGAUCUUCAAUUCCUGAUCACCACCAACCACACCAAGCAUAGUUGCAUUUUCUUUCGGAGUCAUUUGUCUUUUGGGGGGCAUUGGUUGUGUUUUUCUUUCUUUUUUUUUUUUUUUUUUUUUU